AUGUCCUCCCGCUCACAACUGCCUCGCACCCCACGUAGACAAUUAGAAAUAACCGCACUCCUAAACCCCCCACUGUCAUCCUUCAUCGCCUCAACAUCUGUUGCAGCGUCUCCUGCAUCCACCAUCGCACACAAUCUUCACACGCCAGUAAACAUCAACCUCAUCAUUGGCAAGACACAGGACUCGGUCCAAACCUGUCCUCAUUGUGAUCGUGCCUUCGCCUCACACAUCGGCCUGGUCGGUGACUUGCGAAUCCACCGCACAGAGGCUGGCGAAUCAGUGCCUGGAGUAGCCACAUACACUCGCCGCAUCUGCUCUCACUGUCACCGCAAAUUCACACACUGCAUGGGCCUUCUACAUCACAUGCGCAUCCGCGAGAUCGGAAGUCACCGCGGUCAUGACACACCCGGCAUAUCUUGCACAUCCGCCAUGCCUAGCCCAACCCACAUCCCGCUGUCCAGUGUCCUGAACAUCGGCAUCUCCACCACCAUCGCCAUAACUGAAACCGAUCCUGAGACCGACGAUCUAUCCUGCCCACAUUAUCCACGCACCUUCACCUCACGCAUCGGCCCGGUCGGUCGCUUGCGAAUCCAUCGAACAGACUGGCGAGCCAGUGCCUGA